AUGUUAUAUUGUGAUAAUGGUAUUAAAGAGGAAUACAAUUGCGAAUUAUUUGAAGAAAAAGAAGUACAUUUAGAUUAUUGCAACAUUAAAUUAGUUGAAUUAAAUAAUAUUGUCUUGCUCAAUACGUGCAUUGUAGAAAGUGAUGAAAACAGUUGUGAGAUGGUUUGGCCUGAUGGAUGCGAAACAUGGUUCAUUCAUGAUGAAUUGCCGCAGCGAUAUCAAUUUAUUCGAUCCAAACAACCAGAUGUACCCUUUAACUCAACAUCAAAUAUUGAUGAUAAAUUUUCUCAAGAAAAUUUAUUGAAUUGUAUCAAUGUCUUAUCGUCGUCUGUUAUGAGCGAUAAAUAUAUUUUCGCUAGUGACAAUCUUGAAGCAUUUGGUAAUCCAUUAAAAUUACAUGUAAAAUACAGUGAUAUUUUCUCAUUUUUUCUGUUUCUUCGUAAAUUAUGUCCCGUGAUAAACACCUGCUCUCGAAUUUUUACUGGUGAUACAGCAGGUUCAUAUUUCUGCCACGAUGUUAUGCCGUAUGAUACAGAAGAUCGCGACUGGUUCCGGUGCUUAGCUGUUCCAUAG